CUUAGAAGGUAAUUCUUUGAAUGAGAUUUGAUCAAAUUUGAUAGUAAAUAAUAAUGGAUAUUAAUUAUUUUGUAAGAUGCAUUUGGAUGGUGUUUGACUUUAUUAAUAAUAAUUACGAAUAUGUUUAUUUGUUGUAAUAGUAAUAAGAAAGCAAAAAGAAAGGAAAACUAAAUUCAAUAGGCGAUAUAGCAAUAACCUAGUUAGCCAAAAUAUUAAAUUCGUAUAUUUUUAGAUUAAGAUUAACAUUCUACGAAUUUGACAAAUUUUGAAGGCACAAAUGAUAAGAUUAACUUCAGUUCUUAAGAUUUUGAAAGAUUCAUAUUGGAUGAUAAGAAAACCUUUGAAUAGGAACGUGAACUUAUAAUGAGAUUGAUAGAUAUGCCAGAGAAGACUCAUUUAAUAGAAUUUAAUUGGGCAUACUCCUAUACAAAUUAUAUAAAGGAUGAACGGAUUCAUCCAGGAGAAAUCAGUAAUAAAAUAUUGUUUGAGAAGUUGAAGAAUAAAUAAGAAUUAAUUUCUGAGAAAGAUUAUGUUUUAGUAAAUGAUUAAGUAUGGAAUAUGCUGGUACACAUUUAUAAGGGUGGUCCUAUUAUUACAAUUAAUGAUCUUGAAAGAAUAAGUGAUAAUAAUAUUUUAGAUUAAUCAUUAAGAGUAUUUGCAUCUCCUUCUAUGAAUGAUUUGGAUAAGAAACAAUAUUAAUUUAGAUUAUUGAAUCAAUUACCUAGUAAAGAGAUUUAAAUUGUUGGAUUAGAAAAUGAGAGUUACUUUUGUUAUCUAAAUAGUGUUUUAUAAUGUCUAAUGGGAAUUCCUUAAUUAAAUCAUUUCUUUUUGUAUUCUUAAAAUUAAGAUAAUAAAUUAUUUACUUAAGCAUACACAUUACUACUCAAAAAAAUUAAUAAGUUAUAUUAUAAAGCAAGAAUACUUCCAAAAGAAUUAAUUAAAAUAUUAUAAAAACAUUUCUCAAUAUAUGAAAUGCAUGAUAGUUCAGAACUUCUGCUUUUUAUUCUUGAUAAAUUUAGAGAAGAAAUUACUUUAUUUAAUUAAUUAGAUAUAACAGUAAUUGAUGAAUUAUUUCAAGGAUAAAUUACAUCAUUUAUUAAAUGUCCACAUUGUACUUAAAUUAGUUCACAUCAAGAAAUCUUCUAUGAUCUUAGUCUUCCAUUAAUUGGUUAGAAUUUCAUAUAAAAAAAACUUACUAUCAAUGAAUGUCUUGCUAAUUAUUUCAAAGAAGAAUUUAUUGAUGGAGGAUGGACAUGUUCAGAAUGUAAUAAAUUAUCUAAAAAAAUUAAAAGACGUAUUAAAAUUACUAGUGCUCCAAAUAUUCUUAUUUUAUAACUUAAAAGAUUUCAAAGUUAUCCACUUAAAAAAAAAAUUAAAGAGCCUGUUAUUACUACUAUGGAAAUCAAUAUUAGAAAGUAUAUCUUUAUAUUUUUACAUAAGUUUUUGUGCAAUAAAUAUUGUUGAUGCCAAAUAUGAAUUAUAAGCCAUGAUUGUACAUUCUGGAACUAUUGAUUAAGGACAUUAUGUUGCAGUUGUGAAACGUAAUUAAUAAGUAAUUCUAAAAUAAUAAUUUAGUUUUUUUUAUUCAAUGAUGAUGAAAUCGAAAGACUUUCAUAUAAUCAAAUCUCUCGUAUUGAUUCUGCUUACCUUCUUAUCUAUAAAAGAAAAAUAUGA